GCCCAGAUGACGUGUUGAGGAGCAGCCAGCCAAUCAAGAGGGAGGACGGGGAACAGCUGACGGCGAACAACAACACAGACAGUCUUCUGUAGGAGGAGGAGGAGGUGCACAGCAGUCCAAUCCCUCCGCUCUGUGAGAACUGCUGCUGGAUAUUAUGUGGUUUUAACGCUUUUUUGAGGCUUUUUAACAAGGGGCGUGAUGCGGGUUUCCCAUUGAGGAGGACACCCGGAACUCCCCAUCCGUCCGCGAACAGCCGCACGAUGGCCCCGUCCCUCAUCCGAGCCUGCCGCAGUCUGGCUCUCUCGACGUGGCUGCUGUCGUUCUGCUUCGUCCACUUGCUGUGUCUGGACUUCACGGUGGCGGAGAAGGAGGAGUGGUACACGGCGUUCGUCAACAUCACCUACCUGGACCCCGCCACGUCGGAGGUGAGGACGGAGAAAACCGAGUGCGGUCGCUACGGCGAGCACUCCCCCAAGAAGGAAGCCAGGGGUCUGGUGCUGGUCCCGGCCCUCUUGCAGGACAGACAGGCGUGCGACCCCGUCAGGUUCCCCCCCGUCCCGCCAAACACCGCCUGGGUGGCGCUGGUGGCCGCGGGCAACUGUACGUACCGGGAGAAGAUCCGAAAUGUGGCAAACCACAACGCCUCUGCGGUGAUUAUUUACAACGUGGGCUCCAGCAGCACCAACGACACCAUAACUAUGCCCCAUCCAGAUACAGGCGACGUCGUGGCCAUCAUGAUCCCGGAGCCCAAAGGCCGUGAGAUCGUGUCCCUGCUGGAGCGGCGCAUCAUGGUCAUGGUCCACAUCACCAUAGGAACCCGCAACCUGCAGAAGUACGUGAGCAGGACGUCGGUGGUGUUCGUCUCCAUCUCCUUCAUCGUCCUCAUGAUCAUCUCCCUCGCCUGGCUCGUCUUCUACUACAUCCAGAGGUUCCGCUACGCCAACGCACGAGAUCGCAACCAGAGGCGUCUGGGAGAUGCUGCCAAAAAGGCCAUCAGUAAGCUUCAAGUCCGGACCAUUAAGAAAGGAGACAAGGAAACAGAGUCAGACUUUGACAACUGUGCAGUUUGCAUUGAAGGUUAUAAGCCCAAUGACGUUGUAAGGAUAUUACCAUGCAGACAUGUCUUCCAUAAGCACUGUGUGGAUCCUUGGCUACAGGACCACCGAACGUGUCCGAUGUGCAAAAUGAACAUCCUCAAAGCCCUGGGAAUCCCACUUAAUGCAGACUGCUCAGACGAGGUUCCUCCAGACUACGAGGCGUCUGUCGGGGGUCCACCCACCAACGCCAUCAGCGGGGCGAGUGACAUCACAGUUAACGAGAGCUCGGUGGUGCUGGAUCCCGCAGGAAGAGUGAUAGACCUGCAGCAGCUGCACCCCGAUGCAGAGACGACGCCUCAGGCAGGAGAGAGCCACGUCAUUGCCAGCAGUGAGCACCAGCCUGCCCUCAGCAGCGAUUCAGACACUUCUAUCAUCAUCGGCACGGAGGUAGGCGUGUCCGAAGCAGAUCUGUCUGCUGAGCAGGAAUGUGUCGAGGCCAAAUCCAGAGCCAAUCAGAGCUGAGCAGAAAGCAUGAACCAGGACAAGGAGGGUGAGAGCAGUGGACCUACAGAGGUUUGCCACAUCUUCGGCUAAUUUCAAGAAAGUGAACUCUGACAAGACGUGUGAAUGACCAGUAUGACCAACAGCAGCACAAAACACCCAGUUCCGUCUCCACUGGUGGAAAAACUGAUUCAUCCCUGCAUCUGUUCAUGUUCUAGAUGGUCAACCAGACAGCUCUCACAUUCUGGUGGCCCAGUUUUUGUAAGUUUUUUUUUUCCUUUAAUCUACCGUCUGAAAUGCACAUACAGUAACUAUGGAGAUGUUGGAGGACUUCAUGGUGCGGAGAAGGCAACAUUUGUCUCUCCUCAGUUUGGCAAACCAAACCUGCUGCUGGACACACAGUGGACACAAAGAGAGCAGCAGGACCUCCUCAACUCCAGAUUGCAGCUUUAAUUAUUAUAAAAUAAAAACGUGUGCAGAUAGUUUUGACCUCUUGGUACGAGAUCACUGCCAACAAUUCCAGAAGUUUUACUGAUGUUACGAGUACAUAUAUGGCACAUACAGACAGUAUAUAAGCAGUUCCAUCCUUCAUAGUUGGUGUGAAUUCCCACCAGCAGUUUGCCAGCGUCCGACUUGGGUACACGUUGUGAUCCAACUAGGUUUCAUGUGGUUGCGUGACAUUUGGGAGAUGGAAAAUGUAAGCACACAUUAAGCUGUAAUUCCUAAAUGUGACUGUUUCUGUUACUAUUUUGUGGAUCUUCAUUUUUACCAACGGAAUAUGUGAAAAGGAAUCAACCAAACACAAAGUACAUGUUGUCUGUCCUCACAUUUGACAAUCAUGAGCUUGUCGUGAGCAGUUUGAAGUGAUGUCACCCACUGCCCUACCAAAACUGCUGCUAAACAUCACAACACAUGGAGUCAGUGAUCAGUACAGACGGUAAAUCUGUCAGUUGCCACUACCAAAUCUGCACACAUGUCUGUAUACAAACCUCCACUUGUCAAGCCAGCUAAUAUGAAUAUGUCAAUGCGUCUUUGUGCCAAGCUCAUCUGUUGUAUUUUAAACUUUGCCAUUUUACAUGUACACUGAUUCCCUGGAAAGGCACGAGUCUUUUCAUGAUAUAAAACCUAAGAAAUAACACGAGGAUGCGGGAUUAAACGACAUUUGUCUGCUACAAGAAGGACUAUGUUUGGAGAAAAGGGAGGGAACUAUGCAUUGCUUGGGUUUCAUCUGAGGAAUAUGAUGCCCCAAGCAUUUUUUUUUAAAAGAGAUUAUAACAUGGAAAAUGUUUACAAUUGUGAAGUAUGUCCACACUAUGCCGGCUAAUGUUGUAAAACUGAUGCAGCCUCGUCAAAGGGGUAAGGGCAAAGAUCUGCCAACUGAAGUGCAUCAUGUUACAGUGAGUUAAAAAGAAAGGUCUUUAGGCCUUUUUUUAAAAACAUACACUGAGGAGGUCUGAGGAGCUCUCAAGUGGUCAGGGAGGAACUUCUAGAUGUGAGGGUUGGCUGAAUGGAAGGUUCCCAUGGUCCGGAGCUUGGUUCUGGGGAGGCGGAGGGAGGAGGUAACGGUUAUUGGUGGCAGAGGAGUUCUUUUAAGGUAGUCUGGGGCAUUGCUGUGAAUGCAUCGAUGGAUGAGGAGAACAGUUUUCUUCUGAAUUCUGAAGGAGACGGGGAGCCACUGUAGUGAACGAAAGAUGGGUUUGAUGUGGUCUUGCUUUUCAUCAGGAUCCUAGCGGUGCUGUUUUGAAUGUAUUGGAGCUUUUGUAGGCUCUUGCUGGGGCAGUAGUCCAGCCUGGAGGAGACAAAGGCGUGAAUGAGUUUUUCUGCGUUCUCUGGAAGGGUGAGGGUGGGACGGAGUUUGGCAAUAUUUUUGAGAUGGAAAAACGAAGACUUGCACAGAUGUUUGAUGUGGUUGUUGAAUGUCAGGCGAGGGUCCGUCUAUCACUGAGGUUAACUGCCAAUGAGAGGGAAAUGUCUUGACAGGACAAGGUGAUGGUGGUUGUGACGUAUGACUGGACUUGAUGAGGAGUACCGACAAGACUGGAGCUGUUUAGCAGUGCUGAUAAAGUUGGUGAUGAUGAGCAGAUGGGGUUGGGACAGUGCUGAGGUAAAGCUGUGUGUCAUCAGCAUAGCAAUAGAAAGAGAUUCCAUGCCGGCUGAUGAUACGGCCAAGGAGAGGCAUAUAUAAAAUGAACAGGGUUGGACCGAGGAUGGACCCUUGAGGGACACCACAAGUUUCAGGAAGUGUCUGGAACUCAGUACCUCCCAGGCUGACGUCCUCGGUCCUUCCAGAGAGGUAUGACAUAAACCAGUCCAAGGCAGUGUCAGAAAGUCCAAUAUCAAAGUGGAGGCGCUUGAGGAGGAUAUGGUGAUCGAUUGUGUCAAAGGAGUGAAGGAGAGCCAGCAUCACCUGAAUAAGCAGCCACCUCUGGUUUAUGAAGCUUUAUACUAUGUGUAUAUGAGUUUCAACACAUUUUUUAGCUGUCCAGGCUGCAUCUGUACAGCUGGUUCACUCUUAGUGCUGUUUUUUGUUUUUUCAGUGAAGAAUCUGUAAGUCACUCCAGACUACGUGCCCAGGACCGAACAACAGGCUGAUCCACCAAUCGCUUUUGGCAGCAGAAAUGUCCCUUAAAAGUUGGUCCAGACAAAAAACAGUGCUAAAAGAUGGUGAAAUUUAUCGCAUGUGAAUGAAAAUAUAAUCCGAAAAUAUUUUUGCAGGUUUAAUUUUGCCAAAAAGUUUCCCCAUCGCAGUUUUCUCUCAACACUGUCAUCACAAAGCGAAACUAUGAAGACUGUUACUGAGGAAAACGUGCCCACCUUAGCGUGGACGUACGAAGACUCUGAUGAUGAUGAUGAUGAUGAUGAUGAUGAUGAUGCUGACUGUUAAUGCACAAUGCAGUUUGUGAUAGAUUUCAUUCUACUACUUUUUCUGUUAUUGUUAUUUAUUCAUGUUCAUUGUCCUUUAUUAUACAAGGUCCUUUUUUUUUUUUACAUGUAAUGUCUCAUAUGUAGUACGAUUAGCAGAAUCUGGUGCUGGUUCCUCUCACAUUCCUGCAGACUUGCACACUGAGGAGGCACAGACCCACUGACUCAGAGCCAGUUGAGUUUUAACUGGUGGUUUUUCUCUUGCAGUCAUUGUUUCCAUCGAGUCCUGCAGCCACCUGGGACUCUUAUGUAACUCGCACGUUCACACCCUGCUUGUUAGGGUCAGGCAUUUAGUGUAAGCGCAAACAUUUCAGUGUUUCAGAAAGCAGUGGGAUUAAGGACAGAUGGUAAUUCUAUAUUUGUGCAAAAGCUUUGUGAGACUUAUGUUUUUGACUUCAGAAACUUGAUACCUAUAGACACUGCAGCACAUCGUCGGAAUGCUUGUACAUAAAGUGAAAAAGUAAAAAAGGUUGGGGUGAUAUGCGCUGCCUACAGGUGGGAGAAAGCUCAACAGUUUUCACAUUACCACACUUUAUGCUGUGUUAUUACUGUUCAAGCACCAAGAGUGUGAAGACCUUUUGAAACCCAUGGGAUUACUAUUAUACUGUCUUUGUCCGAUAAAACGAACGCAUUUUUGAGGCCCUAAACACAGUUGAAAACGCAUGAAAGUUUGCAAACACAUCAGGACCGGGAAAAAUUUAGAUAUUUUAGGGAAAUGGCACACGUGUAUGUCAAAAGCGCCCCCUAAAGAAUUUCAAACAUUUGUUACGGCCGCUGUGUGUGACCUAGACUUAUGAAAUUUGGUACGCCUAUGUACUGUAGCUCAUCAAGAUUCAAAAAAAUGUCCUAUGCCCAAAACACAACAGGAAGUUGGCCAUUUUGAGUUAGGUGAUCAAAUGUUAUAAAAAUGCUCUGCAAAGUCUGACGGUGUGGAAAUGGCGCGUUUCACCGUAAAGCAGGAAGUGCUGUCUAACUAGCCUGUACAUGCUCCAAUCUGCCUAAAAAUUUACAUGUAUGAUCAGAGGUCUACCCUAAUCACAUCCAUAGGUCGAUACAUUCACAAUCACGGCACCACCUGGUGGACAUUUUUGGGGGUUCGCCAUGAAACAGAAAAUGCUAUCUAACUCGCCUCUGCAUGCUCCAAUCUGCCUCAGACUUUCCAUGUUUGAUCAGAGGCCCACCCCGAUUACAUUCUUAGGCCAAAAUACACGCUCAGUCGCAGCACCACCUGUUGGACAUGUUUGGAUUCGUUGAACAGCAAAGAUGCAAGGACCCAACCAAGCUUUAAUUACUAUUAUUAUUAUUAUUAUUGAUACAAAUCCAACACUUUUACUUGUAACACACAUUUUCAGCUUGACUGAAAUGCAUGGUAACAUCAUAGAAGAAUUGAAAAAAAACGGUCAUUUUCAUAUAAUUUUUGAUAGUUUUCAAAAUUCAGGUUUAUUUUUAACUGUGCAUAUUUUCUGUUGUGGACAGGAAUGUGCAGAAAGAAUAUGAUUCUUGCCAGCUGAUUAUAGACGCAGAUGCUCUCAGCCUACGUAGUCUGGACCUUUAAGCUUCUGUAUGUUACAUCAGCUCAUGUGGACAAUGACACAGCACAAUACAUGGGAUUACCCAUGAAUGUCUGUCACUCAUCUUUCUUGUUUGUUUUCUCCCUCCUACACUUUUUAAUUUCUGGGGGGUUUUUUUCUGGCAUUUUGUCUUCUUCGUGUACAAACAAAAUAAACACACUUUGCCCAUCUGACAAAAAGCACAUCCGUUUACGGUGCCAAGUGGCUGGUUCCUGGUUGUGCUGCCAAAUAAAAUGAAUUUUCUGACGUUAGAUUAAACUUGGCCUUUGUUUUUACAGAACAACUCAAGUUAUCUGAUUAAAAUAUGAGGCCAUCUCUCAGUUUUGUCUGUUUACAGUCUACUGCCUCUCUCUUAGGACUAAAUACAAUUCAAAGGGUUUUAACGCACAAAAGACGGGAGCACACUUAAUGUAUUGACAUUUAGUGUAUUUAAGAUGAAAACUAAACUGGUGUCCCUAAAUGUAGCUGCAACACUCUUUUGUGUGUCCGUAAUUUAGUAAUCAUUUCUUACAAGCUUUCCAAUCCAAGAUAUAAAACCGUUCGAAAGUUUGGGGUCACUUAGAAAUGUCCUUAUUUUUUUUUUAUUUUUUUUUUUUUCAAAUAUAUUUUUAUUGAACUUUUUGCAAGACAUUAGCAAACAGUUACAAAAAUUCAAUUAAGCUUUUUUUUUUUUUUUUCCACAACAAAAUGUGCAUAUAUUGUAGACAAAAAGAGGAAAGAAAAAAAGAAAAAGAAAGUUGUAUGAAAAACAUUGUGUUAAAAAGGCAGCAUAAAGCAAAAUGUUCUCAUACCAGAAUCAAGCAAAUAAAACAAAUUAAAAUGUUGAACCGUAAACAUAACUACAUAUGCAUGUAUUUUAAGAGCGACAUACUGCCUUUUUCCAGAACAUUAGAUGCGGAUAAAAUGAGUCUACACCAUAUCACACAAAACAAAAAUAAACAGGAACAUGGUCUCCUAGAAAAAAAAAAUGCUUAAAUUAUGUUGGUUCGGGUCAAAUAAUCUCUUCAGUGAACAAAACAAGCAAUAGUACAAGGCAAUAGUAAGAAAUAAAUAAAUAAAUAAUAAGGUAAACAAAUAUAGAAUGAAGUACAAACAGUUGUAAUAUUGGUCAGUUCAGGGAGGUAUGCUUCGGGAUUGCAAAGUCUGAACAUAGUCAAAAAAUGGUUGCCAUAUUUUUAAGAAUUUGUUUGUGGAUCCAUGAAUAGUGAACUUGAUUUUUUCGAGUCUACUAAAAUGUAAGACGUCUCUGAUCCAAGCCUCGCAUAAUGGAGGUAAUGGGGAUUUCCAACAAAGUAAUAUUCUGCGUCUUGCCAGUAGCGUGAGGAAAGCAAUAAAAUCUGAUUUAAACUUGGGCAAGGUUAGAGUAAUAGGUACAAUGCCAAACAAAGCAAGUAGUGGGUCAAGGUGGAGGUCUAAGUUGAGAAAUGUCCUUAUUUUUGAAAGAAAGGUAGUUUUGUUUUCAAAGAAGAUAACAUUAAAUGAAUCAGAAAAUCCAGUCCAGACAUUGGUAAAUGACUAUUCUAUCUGGAAACGGCUGAUUUUUAAUAGAAUAUCUCCAUAGGGAUACAGAGGAACACUUCCAGCAACCAUCACUCCUGUGUUCUAAUGCUACAUUGUGUUAGCUAAUGGUGCUGAAAGGCUAAUUGAUUAUUAGAAAACCCUUGUGCAGUUACAUUAACGCAUGAAUAAAAGUGUGAGUUUUCGUGGAAAACAUGAAAUUGUCUGGGUGACUCCAAACUUUUGAACGGGAGUGUAUGUAAUUGCUUCUAAAUUUGGGGACAGUGUAACUGUCUUUAAUGGAAAAGCACAAUUCAAACUCAAUCAAACAUAUAAAAACAAUCCUUUUUUAUUCAUUCUAUGUUUUAUUUAUGUAUUUUAAUAUUUUUAUUAGACAGGGACAGCAUUCAUUGAUCAUCAGAAAUGACCCAGUUACUCUAAAAGACUAAUUUUCAUCAGUUUUCUCUGGAGACACGUCAAAAAGUCACCCUAUAAACAAAUACAGCCAAAAAUAUUUAUACUUUUCAUAACUUAGAUCCACUAAUAAAAAAUGCAUGUUAUAUACAAGGUAAUUAGCUUAGUUGCAUUUAGGUAAUUAAAAUGAAUACAUCAAUAAAAUACAGUUUCUAUUUUCCCAACAAUUAGUAGCAAAUGAUGUUCUUGGAAACUAUUUAAAAAUGAUUUACAAAUUAUGGACACGUAAAAUAAAGCCUUGUCCAGCAUGGCUUUACUGUACUCAAAGAUAUCCAAUUUUUGUUUUGUUGUAUUGUUACAUGUGUUUUCUUCUGGUUGUGUUAACUUUCCUAUAUUGCACUUUAACCCUCCAGUGAUUGGGGAAGGCUGAACUGAAUGAAAGUCUUUUUUUAUGAACAGCUUUUAAAGAAAGAGGGCUACAUGUGUCUGUUGUUGCUUCGUAUCUAUUGUUGUGAUCUUUUAUCUGUGCUAUGUGUAUGUGGGGUGGAGAGUAUCAAUAUAUUGUAAACUAAAUACCCAGCAGAUAUAACAGCAUUGCUAUUUUUGGUAUAUAAAAGCAUUGUAUGUAUGAUUAGCAAUGUCUCUGUCCUUUUCUUGUACCGUACACGAUGCAUGUGUAGGAAUGUCUUUGACUGUGUGUUAUAAUAAAUUUGAAUCAGGUUUUUCCAA